AUUAAGAUUUUUAAAUAAAAGUAAUUUACAAAUUUGUUUAACUUUCUGGCACCAGUUGAUUAAAACAAAAAUUCCAGCAGAGUUCCCUUUUAAAAAGUUCACUCAACUCUAUUUGUAAUAUUUUAAUUUAAAGUUUGAUCAUAUUAUUUUAAGGUUACUUUUUAUUCUUCAAAUCAGAUAGGAAUUGGUUUAUUUAAAAAGUAAUUCCUAGCUGCACUAGUUCAGUGUCGGUGCUCCCCGGUGGUUGUGACUUUUUUCUUUUGAUGUUAUGAUUUAUAUCAAUGUUCUGUAUUUUAUUUAUUUUAAGGUUAAAUACAUUGAAUCUGGUUAUAUAAACCUCUCCCUGCUACAACCUCUGCAGUAGAGCUGCAUGAAUCCUUGUGUGUCUGUGCUGUUGGUCCUGAUACAUCUGCUGGGACAUCGGAGGUUGCACACUGUAUGCAUCUUCUGUUGUCUUGUACUAAACAUGUUAUUAUUAUUAUCAGUUCUCUAUGUGACGUUCUGCAUCUCUGAGAUCCAGGAUCCUGCAGCUCAAUGUCAUCUUACAAUAAAAAAUUAUUCCUUUGACUACAAAUAUUCUCAGGAAGGAGAUAUCAUAAUCGGAGGGAUCUUCACUGUACAUUCCUGGGUGAAACUGUGGAGACAAAAAGGAAGCACUUUCUAUAACCGGAUGUGUAUAGGUGCUCACCCCAGAGAAUAUACACAUCUGAGGGCUUUUCUCUUUGCUAUAGAAGAAAUUAACAAUAGAUCAGAUAUCCUUCCCAAUGUCACCCUGGGAUAUCACAUAUAUGACUCUUGUGGACAUGAGAAUAAAGUUAUAAAAGAUGUUCUGCAGAUACUGUCUGGACACACAGUGACAGCUCCAAACUAUUCCUGUAUGGAGAAUGAUGCAGUGGUCGGUUUUAUUGGAGAUUUACAGUCUGGUACUACUCUCCCUAUGGCCCAGCUGUUAAGCUUAUAUGGAUAUCCACAGGUAGCCAUGACAACAGAGGCCAUUGUCAAACCUCUGGUUGCCAUGGCUACUAUCGACGCCCCGCAAUGGUUUUGUAGGAUGCCGAAGAAGAGCAGAGAAGAUCUAUAG